GGGGUGGUAGUGCAGUGACUCCUGCAGGAACCGACGUAGUUGUCACAGCGAGAAUUGCAGGCACCAUGAAUCCACAGGUGCGCCGGUAGCGCUGCGUCUCAUUGUCACCAAAUAUAUUUUCUAGCGGAACCGCUUCCAGGAGGAGACCGCGUGGCCUAAUGGAUAAGGCGUCUGACUUCGGAUCAGAAGAUUGAGGGUUCGAGUCCCUUCGUGGUCGAAACGUUUUAAACCCGAUGGUUUUAACCCUCAUUUUAGGCCCCACUAGGAGAUGUGAGUCAGCGGGAGCGCAAGUGGCACCAGCACGAGCUCAAUGUCAACGUCUCGCGAAAGCGCCCCGCAGACUGCAAGCCCCAGCAGACGUCGCUGAGCGAGGUGUCCAAGCCCGUCACCGUAAAACUCAACAGCGGGCAGCGCUCCAGCCCGAGGGGCAGGUCGGACGCCCGUGGCCCGCUGCGCCCCGACGCGCGGGCUGCGAGGACCCCGGCGUGCGCAAGGCACCGGCGGAGCGCGUCCCCGGGUCGGCCCGGCCGGCGGGAAAGCCUGCACGCUGCUCGAGCCGGGGACACCCGGCGCCGGGACGCCCCGGGCGGAGCCAGUGCACGGCGAGCCCCAGGGGAAGGGGCAGGGAGGAGGAGGCCUGGAACAGGGCCGGGAUGGGCCCAGAGGUGCGGAGAGCCCGCCGCAACCCAGGUCUCGCGCGGAGGGAGGGAGUCGGAGGUGGAGGCCGACCUCGCCGCCUUACCUCUGCCCGCGCGGGGCGGAGCGCGGGGCCGCGGAGACCUGAGCAGCCGGGCCCCGGCGCCGAGCGGGGGCGGCGCAGGGUCGGUGCCUGCGACACCGGAGCCCCGACAGCACCCCGGCGACGCGGCCACGGGACGAGCGACGCGACAGAGGGGAGGAAGGAGUUGGGGGCGGAGUAGGAGAGACCAAUCUGCUGUCAGAAGGCCAAAUGGCGUUUCCUGCACGUCGCUUUGGCCCAGGGGGUCAGGGAGCCGGCAGAGGUGGGCUUUGUUUUUUUAAAUCUAAUCAGUUAUGCCUGGCAGCAGAUGCAUUUCACGUAGUGCACACAUAGAGCACGACUUUUCAUGUCUCUGGCUGUGCACAGAAGGUCUGCUUGUUAUCUGAACAGGUGCGUUCCCCUUGUGAAAGGCCAGGGAUGUGCCCUUUCCAGGUGGGACACUUCACACUCUGUGCUCCCUUCACCAGGGCCAUCCAGAAUUCUUCCUGUUCUCUCCACCCCAAAGGGGUCACCAAAGUUCGGUGGAUGUCAGUUUAAACUACCUGUGGCUUCCAAGCCUGCCAUUUGAUGACAGCAGCGCGUCCUAUCCUUGACUAGGGUAGCCACUACUUCUUGGCUGAGCUUUGGAUGUACUUGCCCCCAAACCGUCUUCCAGGCUGGGCGUGGUGUUGCACGCCUGUAAUCCCAGGGGCUCUGGAGGAGGAUCCCAAGUCCAAAGCCAGCCUAAGCAGUUUAGCAAAGUAAUUAAUUUAGCGAGGCCCCGUUUCGAAAUUAAAAAGAAAAAAAAAUGUUUUAAAGGAAUAGGAAUGUGGUUCCGUGGUUAAGCGCUCCUGGGUUCAUCCCUGGUACAUCAUCAUCACCUUCAUCAUCAUCUCUUCCUCUUCCUCCUUCUCCUCCUCCUUUAAACCAGAUAAUUUCAAAGUAAAGAGGUGAUGGUCAUGGUAGCACAGGUUUGUGAUCCCAGCUACCAAAGAACUUGAGGCUGGAGGAUCACAAGUGUGAGCCAGCCUGGGCCACUAAGUGAGCCCUCUUUCAAAGCAUUAAAGCCAGUCUCUGUGGCAUAGGCUUGUAAUCUCAGUGACUUCAGUGGCUGAGGCAGGAAAAUCACAGGUUCCAGACCAGCCUCAGCAACUUAGUGACAAUCCCCAGUACCGAAACUAAAUCAAAUAAAAAGGACAAUGAAUCCCUGGCAUUAUGUAUAAUUAUAAUGCACCAAAAACAAACCCAGGAAAAAACUGAAAACCAAUAAAAUAAAUAAAAGGGGCUGUGGAUGUAGCUCAGAGGUAGAGAGCCCAUUUUGUCCAACUCUAAAUUAUGGGGAGGAAUUAGGCACAUGAAAAGGAGAGGCUGCUGUGCAGAGAACAGCGAAAGUGUCAUAACCCUGACACCUUCAGAUUACCCCUUCAGGGGCUGAAACCCCAUUUUCUCAUAGUAAAUGAUGCUUCAUAAGAUAAGUCAUGAGUUUUUUUGAGGGAGGGGGGUGCUGAAUUAGGGAAUGGAACCCAGCACCUAGCACAAGCUGGGCAAGCAGUAUGCCACUGAGCUAUGGCAAAUAUUAAGGUUCUUCUAAAAGCAGAGCGUAGUGCUAGGCCCUGGGAAAUACAAAUCAUAGUACUAGUACUCACAAGGAAUGUUCUGGAACCCUCAAGUUCUUUCUAAUAUACAGCAUUAGCAGGAAUUACCAAUGCCUGAUGUUAUAGGGGGAAUGGGAGGUGUGAUUACAACCUGCCCUGGCUGGUGGACAACAGUAGCACAGAGGAGGCCCAAGAAUCUUCCCUGGGCAGAGAUGGUAGGGGGGACCAUACUUAGUCCUGUGACAGUAGGAAGCCAGUGGGUGGUUUUAAGCAGGUAAGUUUUAAGUAUUUUUCUAUAAUCAAAAUAAAGUUUUUAUUUAAUGACAUAUCAUGAAUUUGUUCAUUGUUUUGAUAUGAAAUGUUUGUAUUUUUAUUUUACAAGCAUUCUGUAGUUACAAACUUGAUUUCUCAUUGAUUCAUGGUUUAGGAGAGAAAAGUUUAAUUUCUAAGAGCCUGAGUUUUUAAAAUUGUUUUGUUACUGUCUUUCAUACUGUUGCUAUUAAUUAUUGAUUUUCUGUAAUAUUUGCACUGGGAUCAAUCAAUAUUACCUAUAGUUUGUGAUUUUUUUCAAAACUUGAGGCUUCUUCAUCUCAUAUUAUCAAUUCCCAUAGUUGUCCUGUUUG